AUGAUGAAAAUCACAUACCUUGGCGCCGUUGCCGCGGCGAUUGGUGCUUGCAGUGCAGCCCUCGUCCCCCUUCAGGCCCGGGGAUCCUGCAGUUUUGAGUGGACGGCGUCUGCCGGCGACACAUGCACGAGCAUAGCCAACGACUGGGGCAUCAGCAAGACGCAGUUCCAACUUUGGAACGUCGUUGACUGCAGCAAGCCCCUCCAGGCCGGCAAGGAAUAUUGCCUCCUUUGGACCGGCGACAACCCGCCUGGGGCCGGCCAGACCACCGGGCCGUCGCCAACCUCGACCACAGCCAAGCCGACCUCCACGACAACCAGCACACGGGCGUCUUCGACAACUGCCCCUACUGAUGGUCCUGUCACGCCCUCUCCGACCCAGGAUGGCAUUGCGUCUGGAUGCCAGAAGUACCACAAGGCCGUCUCUGGUGACACCUGCCAGGGCAUUGUCAACAAGUACGGCGGUUUGACCCUGCAACAAUUCUAUGCCUGGAACCCGGCAGUAGGCACCUCUUGUGCCAGCCUAUGGCUCGACUACUACUACUGUGUCGGCGUAUCUGGCACGCCUACUGGUCCCACGACAACAUCCACCAGCAAGUCCGCCCAGCCAUCGCCGACCAGCAACGCUCCCGGUCCCGUCCAAGACGGCAUCGCCUCGGACUGCCAGCGCUACCACCUCGUCAAGUCCGGGGACGGCUGCCAGAAGAUUGUGGACCAGUACAAGUCCUUCACGCUCCAGCAGUUCUACUCGUGGAACCCGGCGGUCGGCAGCAGCUGCUCUGGCCUCUGGCUUGACUAUUACGUCUGCAUUGGUGUCUCUGGGACGACGACGCCCGGCACGCCUCAACAGCCCUCGACGCCCAGCCCCGUGCAGGAAGGAAUCAAUGCCAAGUGCAACAAGUACCACGAGGUUGUGUCUGGCGACUACUGCCAGAAGAUCGCCGACCAGUACAAGAUCUCGCUCAGCACCUUUUACUCGUGGAACCCUGCCGUUGGAACUAGCUGCAGUGCUCUCUGGCUUGGCUACCACGUCUGUGUCGGCUCUGCUUGA